AUGGUGUGCCCACAAGAUGUUGGUGUGGCGAGGAGAAAAACUGAGAAUCAUCUAUUUAAAUGGAUUGAUGAAGCUUUGAUUGACGAGAUACGGAUGGUAGAAGCGAAACAUGAGAGAGUUGCUCAAGAGAUUACAAAGUUUGAAGAAAGGGUUAUAGAAAAAGUGAAGUCCGAGAUUGUUAGAGUUGAAGCUGAGAUGUCGGAAAAGCUCAAAGAGAAGGUGAACUUGGAGAUUGCUAGAGUUGCACAGGAUAUGAAACAGAAGCUAAAGAUUGCGACGGUGGCUAUGGUUGUUGUGGGAGCAAUCGUAGGAAUAUGGACUUCUAUUUCAGUGAUUGGUUGGUUGUCGUCUGAGUUUGAUGGGUUCAAAAUAUCCUAA